AUGAUAAAUAUCACCCCUCGCGGGCUUGUCCGCCCCAACCACGACAUCAUUGAACGUCGCGAUACAGCUUCUAAACGAUUCAUUCGCGGUAGUCGACUCAAGUCUCGCCCUUUCUACACCACGCUCUUCCUUCUAUCUGUCUUGACCGCAUAUUCCUUUUUGUCGCAUACGACCUUCGCGCAGUCUGUCUCCAAGCACGCGAUCGAUUCUCAUCAACUUUUCAAACGAAGCUCCUCCACCGAACCCCCCCAAUGCAGCCAAGUCCACGACGCUCAAGAUAAAUGCGCUUUUGUACGCAAGUACUGUACCGACGACGACGCCGGGCUUGUACCUUAUACCGAGCUCUACUAUUGCACUUUUGGCAGUGUACGCCCUAUCGCGUUCAGCAUCCUUGUCGUGUGGCUUGGCCUCCUCUUCACGACUAUUGGAAUCGCUGCAAGUGACUUCUUCAGCGUCAACUUGGGUACGAUCGCGACAGUUCUUGGUCUCAGUGAGAGCUUAGCAGGCGUCACAUUCCUAGCAUUCGGCAAUGGAUCACCCGAUGUAUUCAGCACUUUCGCUGCCAUGGGCUCUAACAGUGCCAGCAUGGCCGUUGGUGAGCUGAUAGGAGCUGCAAGCUUUAUUACUGGUGUCGUUGCUGGCUCCAUGGCUCUUGUGAGAGAGUUUCGUGUUGAUCGAAAAACAUACACUCGUGAUAUUUGCUUCUUCAUUUUCGCCGUCAUUUUCACCAUGAUCUUCCUAGCUGAUGGUCAUUUGCACCUCUGGGAAUGCUGGGCUAUGAUCGGCUACUAUGCAUUGUAUGUUGUUACUGUUGUAACGUGGCAUUGGUACUCAAUGAGGCACAAAGCCAGGCAACGUCGAGAAGGAGAGGCGCGCAGCCAUGUCUAUACAGCUUUGGUUCAAUCCGGAGACGAGUUGGCUGGUGAGCCAUACCGAGAUGAUGUAGAUGACGCUGGCUCGGCCAGUAGGACUGCUUAUUCUACUCCUCCUGAUAUCUCACUUCUUGAAGCAGGACCCAGGAUCGAGGUGGAGGGCACACUGCAGGCAGAGGACAGCGACACAUCAAGUGAAGAUCAUGAUCGCAUGGUUGCGGCCGAGGUUGCCAGCAGUAUGCGAGUAUUGCGAGGCCGUGGAACUAGGAGAAAUACCAUGACCCCUAUUCGACCCAGUCUUGUUGGCGCACUUGAAUUCCGAUCGGCUCUGGCACAGCUGCAACGCGAAGGUAACUUACAAUUGUCGACCAUCCCGGGCAGAAGUUACUCGGAUCACCACGUCCAUAGGCGACGCCAAACCACGACAACAAUUCUGGGUUCGGCUCGCUCAGACGAUCAGCUGGCUUCAAGCCAUGACGGACACUCGUCCAGAAGGAACAGAGCCCUAUCUUCAGGAGAUCAGCCCGUGGGAACGGCCGCUCACCCGGAUUGGAGUAUCCCCGGUCACGACAGAAGUGAAAGGAAUCUAUCUAUUCCAGGUUCUCCAGCCAGUGGAACAAGAGCGUCAAGCCCGAACCCCUCACACACUGUCGGGGGGAACCUGGCCGCGCCUCUUGUCGGUCCUAGUGGAACUACCUACGAUGCUCCCACUGAGGACACGAGACGGCAUAUGCUGACUCCUGAACUUCACCUGCAAAUUCCUAGUCGCCGCAGCUCUUGUAGCGACCGAUCUUCGCCAAGCACACCUUUCCCGAUGUAUACUGACUCGCCGGCCCUGCUCACACCCAACUAUCACAAUGACCCAAUCGAGUUUGUGUCACCAGGAGGAGUGUCGCCCAGUACCGUACCGCUGGGCUCAACCAGUCGUGAGACGCCAUUUGCUGACUUGCAAUUCACAAUCGAUGUGCCAUCGCGUCCCGUCAGGUGGUGGCCAUAUGCUGUGUUGCCACCUCCUCACAUUCUUUUAGCAACCUUGUUUCCUACAUUGCAAGGUUGGAAGGAGAAAACAGCGUGGGACAAGUUUGUUAGUGCCAUAUCUGUUCCGAGCAUUUUCCUCCUAGUAGUCACUCUGCCUGUGGUAGAUUCGGAGACAACAGAUGGCGAAUCGUCCAUCCUCGAAACGAUUGUCGACCCCUAUGAUCAUCACAGCCCUGGGCAUCUGGCUCCACCGAUAUCAGUCGAGCAUUCGUCGAUCGAGCCGGAAGGGGAGACCGAAUGGCAACGCUAUCGCAGACACACUCUUGUGAGCCGUGGAAACAGUCAUACAGGGUCUGGUGCGCCGCCCUCGUCAGCACAUGCACCGGGAGAGGAACAUCACGGCGCCCCCCAACUGUCGCUGGGGCCGCCAGCGAUCGUCACCAAGCCUGCUUCAGAUUUCCUUUCUUCGAGUAGUGCCAAGAAUGACUGCACAGGCUGGAACCGAUGGCUCGUGGCACUGCAGCUCUUUACCGGUCCUCAAUUUGCCGUUUUGAUUCUCUGGGCCAACACUCUGGAAGAUUGGGAGAAUCCCCGUAAGACUCUGAUUCGGAUGUUUCUCUAUACUCUCCUUGGAUCAUUGAUUCUCCUCGGGAUUUUGAUUGUCUUCACGUCGCAAGACCGGGCCCCACGAUAUCAUUAUAUGCUGUGUUUCAUGGGAUUCUUCAUUAGUAUUGCUUGGAUCUCGACCAUCGCAGGCGAAGUUGUUGGGGUUCUCAAAACUGUUGGCGUUAUUCUGAAUAUUUCGGAAGCGCUGUUAGGUCUCACGAUUUUCGCUGCCGGCAAUAGCGUGGGAGACUUGAUUGCCGAUAUUACGGUGGCUCGACUGGGCUACCCCGUCAUGGCUUUGUCUGCUUGUUUUGGCGGCCCAAUGUUGAACAUCCUGCUCGGCAUUGGUAUUGGGGGUGCCAUGAUGAUGAUCAAGAAAGCAAACAAGAAGCACCACAAAAACCCUUCUAGCCCCAUCAAAUACAAGCCAUAUCGCAUUCAAGUCAAUGGAACGCUGUUGAUAUCAGCCAUAACCUUGCUUGUGACUUUGAUAGGGCUGUUGAUUGUUGUACCUUGGAACAAAUGGAUCCUGAGUCGCAAGAUUGGAUGGGGACUGAUUAUACUGUGGGCAGUGAGCACAGUCGUAAACGUUGUUGUCGAGGUCACUGGAGUUUGGGGUCAAAUGGCAUAA